AUGCCGGCGUCGGACUACCCCACUUGGGCCAUCGCCGCCGUGGCGUUGUUUGGCCGUCACACCGCCCCGCUGUUCAUACGCACCUUCAGCUCUCCGCGGGAGGUGCUGGCACACCCGGACGCCGCCACGUGCGCCAACCUGUACGUUGGCGAGGAGGAUGUGGUGCGGCUGCACUUUCUCCUGUUUUCCUCGUUGGAUCGCUGCGACGAGGUCUUGCGUGAGCGGCGCACGAGGGAGCAGCAGCAGCAGCAGCUGCUGCAAGGCAGCUCAGGCGCGCUUGGGGAGGGCCCCGGUAGCCAGCGAAGGGCGCUUGGCGUAUCCGCUGGCGCGGAUGUGCGGUUUCUCGGCAGACUCAUGCGCAACCACCGGUUUACUUCGUACGGUUUCCAGUCGGCCUCCGGCGUACGAACAAUCUUGGCGAUUGUGGGCGACGUCCCACUCGACGCGGUGUUGCCGCUCUGCCGCACCACCUACGAGGCGGCGUCUGCGGCUCUCUGCAAUCCGUUUCGGACCCCACGCAUGCACGCACGGCUGCUGCAGUCGUGGUCCAAGUCGGAGCUGCGGGAACCAACUCUUUUGCCGGCGGAGUACGCGGAGAACCUGCGGGCCGCGCCGACGCCGGAGCGCGUGGCGGAUGAACCCUCGCUGGCGUACUCGCGCGGGUUCAGGCAGCAGAUACGGACGAUUAUUGAACCCUUCACGGUAACCGCGCGCAGCACUUUGGUGUGA